AUAGUAUGAGGUUAAGGGAUUUACUAGACACCGUUCAGAAGACAUCCCCCACUUUGAAAUCUGUGCAAAAUAGUACGUCACAGAUAAUAAAAUAUCGAUGAGAACUGGAUCAGAUGACCAUUCGAACUUGAUCUGCUGAUACAACAAGUUGUCGUUUCCUCUUUGGCUGACCUCACACUCGAUCCUGUUUCCAAAAUGGAAAUCGCAUCCUUUAGUGCUACUCAAAGUGUGAUGUGCAACAAACUCUCCAAAGUAGGACCAACCGGAGCAGUACGAGCUCUAUCGCAAGUCGUCCUGAGAACAGCAUCCGCUCGUCUAUCCACCUUCCAGAGAUGGGAAAGAUCGUUGAGUUGUCCGUCAGCCCAGGCCUUAUCGAUGGCAGGUUUUAUCUACCGCGGAGUGGCAGAUCAGACUCAAUGUAUUUCGUGCUUCAUUGUCCUUUCACGAUGGAUUCCAGAACACGAUCCUGACUUUGAACAUCGCAGACACUCUCCGACAUGCGAAUUUGUACUGAACAGACAAAGCGAAUCUGCGAAUCGUAUGCAAUCCUCGUCAGUUCGAUCGCAGACACCUGUUAACAAGGAUGUUAGUCAAUUGUCAGAGGCUUCAUUUUGUAAAAUAUGUUACACUCAAGACAUGUCCAUUCUUUUUCGUCCUUGCGGACACCUCCUGACUUGUAAAGCAUGUGCUGAUCAGUUGUUCAAUUGCCCAAUUUGUCGCUGUCCUAUUUUUGAGAAAAUUCGUGCUUUUGUCUCUUUUGAAUAGGUUUCAACGGUUUUUU